AUGUCUUUCCGAGAAAAAGUGCAACGUGGGCUGGUUCCAUCCAAUCAGUUGAAGGCCUUAAGAGCAAAGACAGACUUCGUGAAGAAGCAGCGAUUUGGCCAUGACUUCAACACAAAAACCUUAUCGGAGUUUUUGAAACAAAAAACACUUGUUAGGAGGGGAACGCUGCUUUUUCCCCCUUUGUCUUCUAAACACCAUCCUUUCUCAUUGCUCUCCUUGCAUGAUCCUGCUUUCUUCUCUAAUCUCGUUUCUUUCUCCAACAUCCAGAGGCCCCCUCCUCACUCUCGGGUUCCCCGCUGCCCUCUCCGCCCCGCCAGCCCGGACGGCUGCGGGCCGCACCUGCCCGCGGAGCCCUGGCGACUGCCCCACCAAGGUCCGGGCAGUGACGUCGCCGGGCGGACGGCGCUCGCGAGUCCGCUGACGUCACUGCCGCGGCGGUCACGAGCGAAGCCCAAGAAUGGGACUUCAAGGAGGGGAAGCUGGCUGCGCCCUCCGCCGUCAGGGCUGAGCGCGGCAAGGACGCCAAGUGCCUUCGGCUUCUGGGGCGGCCCGGCCGAGAUGGCGCUUCUCGCGCCAGCCGGAGCCAACCCACACCUCAGCGCGCUCCAACGCCAGAACGCAGCGCUAACUGGUUGCUCGAACCGCGGGGCUUCCCGCGCACGCGCCCUGCGCUGCAGGGGACAGAGGCGGGAGCUGCGGCGCGCCUCGGGGAGGGGAAAGGAUGCGCGCGGAGGGAACGGAGCGGGCCGAAGCGCAGGGUGCGGCGCAGGACGAAAGCUGCAGCGCCUCGCCUCCAGCCCUGCUCCCUGGGCGC